UGAAUGCAAGCCUUAAACAACUUAAUUACAACAAUAUUCUUUGUGAUCAAACCAUAUUUCUCCCUCUGUUAUACUUAACCAUGGCUAUGAAAAUCAAUUUGAUCAGUGUUGUAAUAUUGUUCUUUGUAGUUGGCAUGUACAAGUCUCAUGCAACGGCUCGCAACCUGCAGCCAGAAUUGUCUGUGUCUGAGAGACACGAGCUGUGGAUGGCACGUCAUGGACGAGUUUACAAGGAUGAAGCAGAAAAAGGAAAACGACUCAUGAUAUUUAAAGAAAACAUGCAAUUCAUUGAGUCAAUCAAUAGGGCAGGAAAUCUGUCUUAUAAGUUGGGCAUCAAUGAAUAUGCUGAUAUUACUUCAGACGAGUUUUUUGCUAGGUACACUGGAUUAAACAUGCCUUCACACCUUCCAUCUUCUCCGGUAUCGUCGAUGGAAUUCAAGAUUAAUGAUCUAACUGAUGACAUACCGUCGAACUUGGAUUGGAGAGAGAAAGGAGCUGUCACUGAAGUGAAGCAUCAAGGUCAAUGUGGAUGUUGCUGGGCAUUCUCUGCGGUUGGAGCACUAGAGGGAGCAUACCAAAUUGCAACAGGCCAAAAGGUGGAACUUUCUGAGCAAGAACUUCUCGAUUGCACCACCAAUAACAAUGGCUGCAAAGGAGGAUUUAUGACCAAUGCAUUUAAAUUCAUCAUAGAAAAUGGUGGAAUUUCCACUGAAUCAGACUACCCUUAUGAAAUGAAACAAGACACAUGCAGAAGCCAAGAGCUCACACCAGCAGUUAAAAUAAGUAGCUAUCAAGUUGUGCCUGAAAGUGAAACAGCAUUAUUGCAAGCCGUAACUCAACAACCAGUGUCAAUUGGAAUUUCUGCUAGCCGAGAGUUCCAAUUCUACCAAGGAGGAACUUAUCAUGGAAGUUGCGCAGAUCAAAUUAACCAUGCUGUUACAGCCAUAGGAUAUGGAACUGAUGAUGAACAAGGUCAAAAUUAUUGGUUAUUGAAGAAUUCAUGGGGAACAUCUUGGGGUGAGAAUGGAUUUAUGAGAAUUAUAAGAGGUACUGGAGGUCAUUGUGACAUCACCAAGUUGUCUUCUUAUCCAAUCAUUUAAUUUAUCCUUACAUAUGAUAUAGUCCCUACGAAAGUAUUCUAUAUUUCAGUUUCUAGUUAUAUGUUGUAGUAAGAAUUAAAAGAAAAUAUUGGUCGUGCAUGCAAAAGUGUUUUGCAUGCAGUAUCUGGGUCUUCUGUAUUGGAACUUUAAUUUAUCGAAUUAUACGAGUGUAUUGAU